UCGGCCCAACAAAAUGGCGGCGGUGGCGGUGUCGCUUUGUUUUCGCGGCUCCUGCAGCUGUGGCAGUGGUAGCGGCCUUUGAGCUGUGGGGAGGAUCUAGCACCAGCUAUAGUGACGACUAAGAGCGCAUUGUAUUUCUAUCGUAAUCUGGCGCCGGGGAGCGCAGAGUGGCGCCCUGCCGUCGCUGAAGCCCACAAGGCGUUGAAGCGAAAACAUGACUGCUGAGCCCAUGAGUGAAAGCAAAUUGAAUACAUUGGUGCAGAAGCUUCAUGACUUCCUGGCACACUCAUCAGAAGACUCUGAGGAAACAAGUUCUCCUCCAAGACUUAUGAUGAACCAAAGCACAGAUAAAAUCAGUAGUUCUGGAAAUAACUCUGAUAUGAUGGAAAACAGCAAAGAAGAGGGAGCUUCCUCUUCAGAAAAAUUCAAAGUGCUGUCAGUCUUGUACUUCACUUGCACAUUUAAUAUGUGUAAUGGUUUUUUAAAUGAAAUCAUUCUAGGUACAGUGAUUGUACAACCAGAGCCAGUGCUGAAUGAAGACAAAGAUGAUUUUAAAGGGCCUGAAUUUAGAAGCAGAAGUAAAAUGAAAACUGAAAAUCUCAAAAAACGCGGAGAAGAUGGGCUUCAUGGGAUUGUAAGCUGCACAGCUUGUGGACAACAGGUCAAUCAUUUUCAAAAAGAUUCCAUUUAUAGACAUCCUUCACUGCAAGUACUUAUUUGUAAGAAUUGCUUUAAAUAUUACAUGAGUGAUGAUAUUAGCCGUGACUCAGAUGGAAUGGAUGAACAAUGUAGAUGGUGUGCAGAAGGUGGAAACUUGAUUUGUUGUGACUUUUGCCAUAAUGCCUUCUGCAAGAAAUGCAUUCUGCGCAACCUUGGCCGAAAGGAGCUAUCUACGAUAAUGGAUGAAAACAACCAAUGGUAUUGCUACAUUUGUCACCCGGAGCCUUUAUUGGACUUGGUUACUGCAUGUAACAGCGUAUUUGAAAAUUUAGAACAGUUGUUGCAACAAAAUAAGAAGAAGAUAAAAGUUGACAAUGAAAAGAGUAAUAAAGUAUGUGACCAUACACCCAGAUUUUCUCCAAAGAAAAAUAGUUCUAAUUGUAAUGGAGAAGAAAAUAAAUUAGAUGAUUCAUGUUCUGGUUCUGUAACCUACUCUUAUUCAGCACUAAUUGUGCCCAAAGAGAUGAUUAAGAAGGCAAAAAAACUGAUUGAGACCACAACCAACAUGAACUCUAGUUUUGUUAAGUUUUUGAAACAGGCAACAGAUAAUUCAGAAAUCAAUUCUAAUACAAAGUUACGUCAGCUUAAGGCUUUUAAAUCUGUGUUGGCUGAUAUCAGGAAAGCUCAUCUUGCAUUAGAAGAAGAUUUGAAUUCAAAGAUUGAAGGUUUGGAUGCUAUAAACAAAGAGAAAAAUACCAAAGAGUAUAAAGUCAUAGAUGCUAAGCCUGAAAUAAAAGUACAGAAAGGAGAAAAACCCUGUGUUUUGGAAAGGAAAUAUAUUUCAAAAUCAGAAGCUAAACUGUCAGGAAAGCAGGUAGAUAGUGAGCACUCGGAUCAGAGCAUUUUAGAAGAGGAACAAAGAGCAAAUGAAAGUACCAGUGCUGAACAUAAGAAAUCUGGCAAAAAAGAAGAACCUCAGUAUGAACCUGCUAACACUUCUGAGGACUUAGACAUGGAUAUUGUGUCUGUGCCUUCCUCAGUUCCAGAAGACAUUUUUGAGAAUCUUGAGACUGCUAUGGAAGUUCAGAGUUCAACUGUUCACCAGGGUGAUGGCAACAGUGGCACUGAGCAAGAACUGGAGCGUUCCUCUGUAAAAUUAAAUAUUACUUCAAAAGAUGACAGAGGAGGUAUUGAAUCAAAAACUACAACUAAAGUAACAAAAGAAUUAUAUGUUAAACUCACUCCCGUCUCCCUUUCUAAUUCCCCGAUUAAAGGUGCUGAUUGUCAGGAAGUUCUGCAAGAUAAAGAUGGCUAUAAAAGUUCUGAUCUAAGCUCCAAGCCAGAGAACUGUGGACUUGGACAGGAAAAAAAUGAUAAUGAGUAUUUGGCUGAAUGUGAAGUUCUGUUACCUUCAGAAGAAUCUGAUCUUCGGAGAUCCCCACGGGUAAAGACUACACCCUUGAGGCGACAGACAGAAACCAACCCUGCAACAUCUAAUUCAGAUGAAGAAAGUAAUGAAACAGUUACGGAGAAACAAAAACUGUCUGGCCCAAUGAGAAAAAAUGAUAAGCGGAAUUCUUUUGACAGUGCUAUAGAUAAUCCUAAACCUAAUAAAUUGCCUAAAUCUAAGCAGGCAGAGGUCGUGGAUCAAAAUUCAGAUUCUGAUGAAAUGCUAGCAAUCCUGAAAGAGGUAUCCAGGAUGAGUCACAGUUCUUCAGAUACUGAUAUUAAUGAAACUUAUACAAAUCAUGAGAAGACUUUGUAUGAUUUAAAGACUCAAACAGGGAAAGAUGAUAAAGGAACUGCACAAGAAGGGUCAGCUGAUGAUCCUGAAAAGAAGCAAGAGAGAGACAGUUUCUCUUUAGCAGAAGGCACAGUGGAUAAAGACAAGACCAUCUUAGAACUAUGUGAUACACUGUAUAAGAAGGAGCAGCCAGUUGUUUCUCCUGAUGGUGCUGAUAAGCCUCCUUCUGGGAAAGAGGAGAAUUUUAGUUCUCCAGAAGACAGAAAUGUUGCUGAAACUAAAGAAAAGAGUAAUAAGCAUCUGAAAACUGAAACUUGUGAGAAAGUACAGGGUAGCUUAUCUGAUGUUGCUGACUUAUUAAAGAAAGAGCACAGUGAUGACGCCUCUGAAGAUGAUAAGAAGCAGAGCAAAAAGGGAACUGAGGGAAAAGAAAAGAAAACUACACAUUUGAAGAAAAAUGUAAUCAAGAUGGAACAACAGUAUGAAUCAUCAUCUGAUGGCACUGAGAAAUUACCUGAGGGAGAAAAAAUUUGUCGUUUUCCUAAAGGCAUAAAACAAAAUAAGAAUGGCACAACUGAUGGGGAAAAGAAAAGUAAAAAGAUAAAAGAUAAAGCUUCUAAAAAGAAGGAUGAAUUACUUGCUAAUGCAGAGAAGUUACAAGGGAAAAGAGAUAGUUGUGAUUCUUCAGAAGAAAAAAGGAGUAAGAAUGUAGCAUCUGUUAGAGAGAAGAAAAGAUGCAACUUGCCUGAAAAAAGUUCAAGGAAGAGACAAGAUUGUUCAUCAUCUGAUACUGAGAAAUAUUCCAUGAAAACAGAUGGUCGUGAUUCUUCUGAUAAGAAACUGAAAAGAAUAGAAUUGAGGGAAAGACGAAAUUUAAAUUCAAAGAGAAAUACCAAGGAAGUACAAGGUGACUCAUCAGCAGAUGCUGAGGAAAGUUCUGAAGAUAAUAAAAAGCUGAAGAAACAAAGAACUUCAGCUAAAAAGAAGGCAGGCAAUGUCAAGGAGAAAAUGAGAAAUUCCCUAAGAACAAGCACUAAAAGGAAGCAAGCUGACAUUACUUCCUCAUCUUCUUCUGAUAUAGGAGAUGAUGAUCGUAAUUCUGUAGGCGAGGGGAGCAGUGAUGAGCAGAAAAUUAAGCCUGUGACUGAAAAUUUAGUGCUGUCUUCACAUACUGGAUUUUGUCAAUCUUCAGGAGAUGAAGCCUUAUCUAAAUCAGUGCCCGUCACAGUGGAUGAUGACGAUGAUGACAAUGAUCCUGAGAAUAGAAUUGCCAAGAAGAUGCUUUUAGAAGAAAUUAAAGCCAAUCUUUCCUCUGAUGAGGAUGGAUCUUCAGAUGAUGAACCAGAAGAAGGGAAAAAAAGAACUGGAAAGCACAAUGAAGAAAACCCAGGAGAUGAGGAAGCAAAAAAUCAAGUCAAUUCUGAAUCAGAUUCAGAUUCUGAAGAAUCUAAGAAGCCAAGAUACAGACACAGGCUUUUGAGGCACAAACUGACUGUGAGUGAUGGAGAAUCUGGAGAAGAAAAAAAGAUGAAGCCUAAAGAGCACAAAGAAGCCAAAAGCAGAAAUAGAAGGAAGGGAAUGUCUGCAAAGAAAGCAGAGUUGGAAGAAAAUCAGCGGAGUUAUAAACAGAAAAAGAAAAGGCGACGCAUUAAGGUUCAAGAAGAUUCAUCCAGCGAAAACAAGAGUAAUUCUGAUGAAGGAGAUAAAGAAGACGAUGAAGAGGACGAAGAAGAAGAUGAUGAAAAUGAUGAUUCCAAGUCUCCUGGGAAAGGCAGAAAGAAAAUUCGAAAGAUUCUUAAAGAUGAUAAACUAAGAACAGAAACACAAAAUGCUCUUAAGGAAGAGGAAGAGAGGCGAAAACGUAUUGCUGAGAGGGAGCGUGAGAGAGAGAAAUUAAGAGAGGUGAUAGAAAUUGAAGAUGCUUCACCCACCAAGUGUCCAAUAACAACCAAGUUGGUUUUAGAUGAAGAUGAAGAAACCAAAGAACCUUUAGUGCAGGUUCAUAGAAAUAUGGUUAUCAAGUUGAAACCCCAUCAAGUAGAUGGUGUUCAGUUUAUGUGGGAUUGCUGCUGUGAGUCUGUAAAAAAAACAAAGAAAUCUCCAGGUUCAGGAUGUAUUCUUGCCCACUGCAUGGGUCUUGGUAAGACUUUACAGGUGGUUAGUUUUCUUCACACGGUUCUUUUGUGUGAGAAAUUGGAUUUCAGUACAGCUUUAGUGGUUUGUCCUCUGAAUACUGCUUUGAAUUGGAUGAAUGAAUUUGAGAAGUGGCAAGAGGGAUUAAAAGAUGAUGAGAAGCUUGAGGUCUCUGAAUUAGCAACUGUGAAACGUCCUCAGGAGAGAAGCUACAUGCUUCAGAGAUGGCAAGAAGAUGGUGGUGUUAUGAUCAUAGGCUAUGAGAUGUACAGAAAUCUUGCUCAAGGAAGGAAUGUGAAGAGUAGGAAACUUAAAGAAAUAUUUAACAAAGCGUUGGUUGAUCCAGGCCCUGACUUUGUUGUUUGUGAUGAAGGCCAUAUUCUAAAAAAUGAAGCAUCUGCCGUUUCAAAAGCUAUGAAUUCUAUACGAUCAAGGAGGAGGAUUAUUUUAACAGGAACACCACUUCAAAAUAACCUAAUUGAGUAUCAUUGCAUGGUUAACUUUAUCAAGGAAAAUUUGCUUGGAUCCAUUAAGGAGUUCAGGAAUCGAUUUAUAAAUCCAAUCCAAAAUGGUCAGUGUGCAGAUUCUACCAUGGUAGAUGUCAGAGUGAUGAAAAAACGUGCUCACAUUCUCUAUGAGAUGUUAGCUGGAUGUGUUCAGAGGAAAGAUUAUACAGCAUUAACAAAGUUCUUGCCUCCAAAACAUGAAUAUGUGUUAGCUGUGAGAAUGACUCCUAUUCAGUGCAAGCUCUAUCAGUACUACUUAGCUCAUUUAACAGGUGUAGGUAAUAGCAGUGAAGGUGGAAGAGGAAAAGCAGGUGCAAAACUUUUCCAAGAUUUUCAGAUGUUAAGUAGAAUCUGGACUCAUCCUUGGUGUUUGCAGCUGGACUACAUUAGCAAAGAAAAUAAGGGAUAUUUUGAUGAAGACAGUAUGGAUGAAUUUAUAGCUUCAGAUUCCGAUGAAACCUCCAUGAGUUUAAGCUCGGAUGAUUAUGCAAAAAAGAAGAAAACUAAGGGGAAAAAGGGAAAAAAGGGGAGUAGCUCAAGUGGAAGUGGUAGUGACAAUGAUGUUGAAGUCAUUAAAGUCUGGAAUUCAAGAUCUCGAGGAGGUGGUGAAGGAAAUGUGGAUGAAACAGGAAACAAUCCCUCAGUUUCUAUAAAACUGGAAGAAAGUAAAGCUACUUCCUCUUCUAAUCCAAGCAGUCCAGCUCCAGAUUGGUACAAAGAUUUUGUUACAGAUGCUGAUGCUGAGAUUUUAGAACAUUCUGGCAAAAUGGUACUUCUCUUUGAAAUUCUUCGAAUGGCAGAGGAAAUUGGGGAUAAAGUCCUUGUUUUUAGCCAGUCUCUCAUAUCUCUGGACUUAAUUGAAGAUUUCCUUGAAUUGGCUAGUAGGGAGAAAACAGAAGAUAAAGAUAAACCUCUUAUUUAUAAAGGUGAAGGGAAGUGGCUCCGAAACAUUGACUAUUAUCGUUUAGAUGGUUCUACUACUGCACAGUCAAGGAAAAAAUGGGCCGAAGAAUUUAAUGAUGAAACUAAUGUGAGAGGGCGAUUGUUUAUCAUUUCCACCAAAGCGGGAUCUCUUGGAAUUAAUCUGGUAGCUGCUAAUCGAGUGAUUAUAUUCGAUGCUUCUUGGAAUCCAUCUUAUGACAUCCAGAGUAUAUUCAGAGUUUAUCGCUUUGGACAAACUAAACCUGUGUAUGUAUACAGGUUCUUAGCUCAGGGAACCAUGGAAGAUAAGAUUUAUGAUCGGCAAGUAACUAAGCAGUCACUGUCUUUUAGAGUUGUUGAUCAGCAGCAGGUCGAGCGUCAUUUUACCAUGAAUGAGCUUACUGAACUUUAUACCUUUGAGCCAGACUUAUUAGAUGACCCUAAUUCAGAAAAAAAGAAGAAAAGGGAUACUCCCAUGCUGCCAAAGGACACCAUACUUGCAGAACUUCUUCAAAUACAUAAAGAACACAUUGUAGGAUAUCAUGAACAUGAUUCUCUUUUGGACCACAAAGAAGAAGAAGAGUUGACUGAAGAAGAAAGAAAAGCAGCUUGGGCUGAGUAUGAAGCAGAGAAGAAGGGACUGACCAUGCGUUUCAACAUACCAACUGGGACCAAUUUACCCCCUGUCAGUUUCAACUCUCAAACUCCUUAUAUUCCUUUCAAUUUGGGAGCCCUGUCAGCAAUGAGUAAUCAACAGCUGGAGGACCUCAUUAAUCAAGGAAGAGAAAAAGUUGUGGAAGCAACAAACAGUGUGACAGCAGUGAGGAUUCAGCCUCUCGAAGAUAUAAUUUCAGCUGUAUGGAAGGAAAACAUGAAUCUCUCAGAGGCCCAAGUACAGGCGUUAGCAUUAAGUAGACAAGCCAGCCAGGAGCUUGAUGUUAAACGAAGAGAAGCAAUCUACAAUGACGUGUUGACAAAACAACAGAUGUUAAUCAGCUGUGUUCAGCGAAUACUUAUGAACCGAAGGCUCCAGCAGCAGUACAAUCAGCAGCAACAGCAACAAAUGACUUAUCAACAAGCAGCAAUAGGUCACCUCAUGAUGCCAAAGCCUCCAAAUUUAAUCAUGAAUCCUUCUAACUACCAGCAAAUUGAUAUGAGAGGAAUGUAUCAGUCAGUGGCUGGUGGUAUGCAGCCACCUCCAUUACAGCGUGCACCACCCCCAAUGAGAAGCAAAAAUCCAGGACCUUCCCAAGGGAAAUCAAUGUGAUUUUGCACUAAAAGCUUAAAGGAUUGUUAAAAUCAUAGAAAGAUCUUUUAUUUUUUUAGGAAUCAAUGACUUAACAGAACUCAACUGUAUAAAUAGUUUGGUCCCCUUAAAUGCCAAUCUUCCAUAUUAAUUUUUUUAAUAAGGCAUACCAUUUCUUCCUGACAUUUGUCAGUGAUAUUGCCUAGAAUCUUCUUACACACAUUGAGUACAGAAGAUAUUUCAAAUUGUUUUCAGUGAAAACAAGUUUUCUUCCAUAACAAUAACAACUCCACAGAUUUCCUCUCUAAAUUUUUAUGCCUGCUUUUAGCGACCAUAAAAUUGUCAUAAAAUUGAUAAAUUUAAGAAAGAAUACAGAUUUAUAUGUUUAUUCUUUACGUAUAAAAACACACAGCUGAGUUCUUAGAGUUGAUUCCUCAAGUUACUAAAUACUUUUGUACUUAAUCCAUUUCUUGAUUAAAGUGAAUGAAAUGGUUUUAAUCUUCUUUUGACUGAAGUCUGAAAGUGGGCUCCUGCUAUAUCCUGUCUGUGACUGAAAGUUAGAAACUAAGGGUUAUCUUUGACACAGAAUUGUGUGCAAUAUUCUUAAAUACUACUGCUCUAAAAUUUGGAGGAGUCUUGCAGUUAUCUUAGCAUUUAUAAACAGCCUUAAGUACAGCCUAAGAAGAGAAUUCCUUUUUCUUCUUUAGUCUUUCUGCCGUUUUUUAUUUUCAGUUAUAUGUGCUGAAAUAAUUACUGGUAAAAUUUCAGGGUUGUGGAUUAUCUUCCACACAUGAAUUUUCUCUCUCCUGGCACUAAUAUAAAGCACACCUCUUAACUGCUUGGUGCCAGUGCUAGUGCUUCAUCCUGUUGCUGGCAGUGGGAUGUGAUCUAACAAAAUCAAGUUCUAGCAUUUUAAGAGGUUAAGUUAAGGAUGACAUUGUGGUUGUUAGGUUCGCACCCUGUUUUAUAAACAACAUCAAAAUGGCAGAACCAUUGCUGACUUUAAGUUCACAUGAGGAAUGUGCUUUAACAAUUCCCGGUACUCAGUAUUGUGAAUUAAUUCCUCUUAAAGAUAAGGAUCACUGGCUUCUAUGCUCUUCUUCAUCACCAUGUUCUUUUCCCCAACUUCCCUACGUUUUUUUAAAAUUAUGUCUCAAAGUUUGAUUUUUUUUUUUUUUAGUUUAGGUCUGUGAGGCAAUUUUCUGAUCAAAAUUAAUGCAUCAAAUUACAUGUUGUUUUCUUAAUCCAGGCCUGUAAAAAUGACCUAUAAGUUUAUUCAUGUACAAUUUGGUUGCUUGAGUUUCUUAAUGAAAAAGGUUGUUUGACUAUGGGAGUCAAUUCAACAUGGCAAAGACAUUUUUGAGAUGAUGGUGUAACAGGUAUUGGAAACACCUAAGGAAUUCCCAAAAAAAAGAAAGCUGAGUAGAGGAUUGAUUUGCUCUAGGUAUCACUGGAUUAGAAUCAGUUUAACAUUAGCUAAAACUAUUUUAAGAUGUUUGGAUGAUUAAGAGAUUUCCAUUUUUGUCUUGAAAAGAACUAGUGGUAAAACAUCCAAAAGCACUAGGUUUGUGAUACAGAAUUUGUGAGUUUUGUUGGAUCCACCCCCCACCUCCCCAUGAUAAAUUAUCACUAACAAAUUCUAUAUAUUUGGAUAUUAUGACAGCCAUAUAAUCAAAUUUAUGAAAUUGGCAAGGGCCAGGGGGAGAUGUGUGCUUACUUUAGGAGAAAUGAAAAAGGUAAGAUUUAUGAGAAAAAUAUUUGAAGACCGCAUACUCUGGCCAACUGUUAUCAGUUGGUAUUUCUACAAGUCCAGAAUACUUUAAACCUGAUUUAUUAGACCUGGGAACUUUCAACAUGGUCUAAUUACUUGUUCAAAGACAUAGAUGUGAACAUUUUAGGCAAACUUCUACACCUUUUUCACCUUGGAUGAAACUAUGAAUUAAGAAUAAUACAUAGAAGGAUUAAUUGGAAUAAGAGAGUUUGAAAUAAACUUGGACCACUUUGCAUACACUCUUCUCACUUGACAUUUUAGCUACAUAAUAUGUACUUUGAGUAUAACAUCAAGCUUUAACAAAUAUUUAAAGACAAAAUCACAUCAAUAAGAUACUAAAAAGGCUCAUUUUUUAUAUUUGUUUUAGAUGUUUUAAAUAGUUGCAAUGGCUUAAAAAAUGACGAUUUAAAAUGUUGCUUGUAAUACAGUUUUGCCUGCUAAAUUCUCCACAUUUUGUAACCUGUUUUAUUUCUUUGGGUGUAAAGCGUUUUUGCUUAGUAUUGUGAUAUUGUAUAUGUUUUGUCCCAGUUGUAUAGUAAUGUUUCGGUCCAUCAUCCAGCUUUGGCUGCUGAAAUCAUACAGCUGUGAAGACUUGCCUUUGUUUCUGUUAGACUGCUUUUCAGUUCUGUAUUGAGUAUCUUAAGUACUGUAGAAAAGAUGUCACUUCUUCCUUUAAGGCUGUUUUGUAAUAUAUAUAAGGACUGGAAUUGUGUUUUUAAAGAAAAGCAUUCAAGUAUGACAAUAAUACUAUCUGUGUUUUCACCAUUCAAAGUGCUGUUUAGUAGUUGAAACUUAAACUAUUUAAUAUCAUUUAAUAAAGUGACCAAAAUGUGUUGUGCUCUUUAUUGCAUUUUCACAGCUUUGAAAAUCUGCAUAUAUUAUUUCAUAGAAAAUGUAUAGCUUUUGAUGCCCUAUUUAAUGGUGGUUCUUUUGCACAUUUAGCUAUUUAAUAUUAGGAGGUCAAGAAAUUUGGUUUUUUAAUCUGUUAUAUACUAAAUUCUGUAAACGGAGAUCUUUAACCUCAAAAAUAAUUUACGUACCAGGAAACCUGUGUGUGUUUGUGUUAGUUUUGGUUGUCUGUGUAAUCCAGCACCGCUUUCUGCUUCCCAACAGCUGCAUCACUCAUUUUAAGUCAAGCAGAGCUGCUGAUCCACACUUGAUAACAAAAGCUGCUUACUAUCCUGAAGCCAUAGCAGGUUGAUGGAAAACCUUAUUACCUGGCCUCCAAAGAAGCUGAAUAUUUUGUAGUCUUCCCUUAGCUAUGCCCGUUCCCCCUCUAGUAUUAUAAAAUCAGAUACAUAUUUCUGUGCCCCAAACAGAACUUUAAAAACAAUUAUUUAUCCCAGUAACCAGUGUUUCUUUUGAGGGUGGCAUGUUGUGAGGUUCAUGGACACUUACUCUAAGAUAGGUCAUCCUUUUACAUCCUUAGCUCACUAAAAAGUUAUGUUCAGAUUAUCUUCUACCUUAUUUCACCAGACUUAUUCUCAAGUGACUUUUGGCUAUCUCCAAAUCAAAUCUACCCUCAGAGAUGAAAAUUCUUUCACAAUUGAAGCUCUUUUUUUCAAAACUGUAAUCUGUGCCAAUCCCAAAGGAGUGACCAAGUUUCAGAAAUGCUUUUUGUGUGUGCUACAUUUUAUAUAUGCUGUUAUAUGGAGCUGAAUAAAAAUUUAAAAUCCAAAAUA